ACUGUACUUUCACUUUCGGUUUUUGAACAACAUGGAUCCGUUAUUGACUAAAGUUUGUAAUGAAAUAGGGUUUUCAAAACCGCUUAAAGAGUGUCAGAAGGAGUGUCUGAUGCAUGUUUUGAAUAGACACGAUAUCAUGGCUAUAUUGCCGACUGGGUAUGGGAAAAGUCUGAUCUUUCAAGUGGCUCCAUUUGCAUUGAAAGAAAAGUUCAAGUUGACUUGUUCGGUUUGUUUAAUUUUGACACCCUUAAACAGUAUCAUGAUGGACCAGAUCAAUGCAUUGAGCAAACAGGGAAUAAGUGCGUGUUGGCUAGACUAUAACUGUCAAAGUGGCCAGACCGCAGCAAGUGUCGAAGACAGUUCUGACGAGGAAGAUACUGCUAAGGGCGAAAGUGUUGUCUAUGUACCUUUAGAAGAUAUAAUUAAAGGAAAGUACUCAUUGGUGUAUUCCCAUCCAGAAGCAUUUCUGAGCACAACAAAUGGAACAGCAAUAUUGAGUGCAUUUGAGAGAGAUAGAACUGUUUCAUGCAUUGCUGUUGAUGAAGCCCACAUGAUCCUUGAAUGGGGAAAUGACUUCAGGAAAGAUUUUGGCAGGAUUGGCUCUGAUCUUCUGGCAAGGUUUACAGACAUUCCCAUAAUGGUCUUCACUGCUACAGCUUCCCCUGAUGCCCAGACAAAAAUCUGCAAAAGUCUUCAACUAAAGAGUCCAAAAAUAGUUUGUAUGAACCCUGAUAGAACAAAUAUUAAGUACAUAAAGAUUGAACGACCUCCAUCCUCAAACACUGAUGACCAUUUAGACAAGAUCCUUGAACCUAUGGUGAGCCAGCUGCUAGAAGAAAAAGAUAAAUAUCCAUUAACUAUUAUUUACACAGACACAAAUGUAAUCAGUUAUGCAUAUGCCUUUUCUGAAAAAAAGAUGGGGAAAGAUCAGUACUUAGGAGAGAAUAUCCCAGAAAGUAGACUUUUUGCUCAAUACCACAUGAACUACACCGAAAAAAUGAAGAAAUUCAUCGUGAGUGAAUUAGGAAAAGAAAACUGCAAGAUAAGACUUAUUUUUACUACAGUAGCAUUAGGUAUGGGACUCAAUGCACCCCAUAUAAGAGUUGUCAUACACUACAAACCACCAACCUCCAUAGAAAGUUACUUCCAGGAAACUGGAAGGGCUGGAAGAGAUGGCCUCCCAAGUAAAGCAAUUCUGUACUAUAACAAUACUGACAUUCGAAAAAACAGACCAGGAAUUCAACAAAAUAUCAUAGAUUACUGUAAAAAUGACUCAAGAUGUUUACGAGAAGUUAUGUUGAAAACCUUUGGUUGCCCAAAAAGUGAAAACAUAAAGGACUGUUGUUGUGCAUGUGAUGAGAUGAAGAAAGAAUAAACAACUACCUCCAGUAAAUCCUGCUGGACAUGAAACAAUUCCUCUAUGACUGGUGUGAACUGUUCCAGACGAUCAUUUCGAGUGUGAGUACCAGCCCUGAGAUGACGUGCUGAGUCAAAUGUAACACGUGUUAGUUGGUCACCACCCAAUGGAAUGGUUGUGUUAUUCUCAAAUUCUUCCCCUGAAACCAGAUUUAAAAGGUUUUAUGUCCUGAAUAGUCAUUAACAUUGAUAAACUUUUCAGUUGAAAACAUAUUUUAAAGGAUUUUCAUUUUUAGAAGUUUUCAAUUUUGGAUGGUAAUGAAUGUAGAUCUUAAAUGCAAUUCUGUUGUCAUAUUCCAUGAAAGUACAUGUAUGCUGCCAUUCAUUCAAUAUUUGCAUGUACAUGUAUAAAACACUCCUGUUAAAACAUACAAUACAAUUUAAAAUUGCU